AUGUCAACAGUUAAGCAAAUAAUAUCAUACCCAAGCUCAUUACCAAAAUUUAAAACAUGCAUACAUGAGCUCAUCGAUGUUUACAUCAUUAAAGAGAUCAAACCUGACGCUCGACCGGUACUGAGUGGAUAUGAAGGGGAAUUGCUUCACUUGAUUGCUGAUGGCCUACAUAUAUCUCUGGAAUAUUAUGUUGAUGAAAUAGGAUGGCCGACAACCCUCCCAGAAAAUGCUUCACUACUUGACGGUUGCCUUGGUAUGGUGACACGAGGAGAAGUAGACUUUACAGUAUCCAGUAUGAAUCAAAAUCAUGAACUGUCAAAAUACGCUGACACAAGUUUUCCAUAUUUAUACCUAACUGUCCGUUUCAUGACGAAACUGCCGGAUUAUGUUGAGAAGCAUUUUGUUCUAAUGGAACCGUUCCCACCAUCAAUGUGGAUAUCGGUUUUUCUCACCCUUUUAUUAAUAAGUUUGGCUUUUUAUUUGAUUCAGGGUAGGCGUUUAACUUACCCCGUCCAAUUCUUCAAAAGAUUUUCCGAAGUUGUGUCGCAAAGUAUUCGGGAUGGCACGAAUUCCAUUCCCGAGAGAAUUUUGCGAGGGUUUUGGAUUUUAGGGGCUUAUUUCCUGACUCUCUUUUAUAUCGCUGUGAUUUUGAAUUUUAUGAUAGUGCCAAGACGUCAGCCUCCAAUCGAUAACAAUGAAAUUUUACUGGCUGCGGUAAAAAGAGGAGGUUAUAAGGUAGGGACACCAUUAGAGAUAAAACAGAUUCUUUUUUAUAUGGAAACCAGCACUAACCCAACAGUAAGAGAACUUGCACGGAUUGUUGUUAGAAACGGAUGGGAACUCAGCGUGACAAAGGACACUUUUGUAGAGCACCUUAAGAACAAUUUUGCCCUAGCUACCACUGAACUUGGACUUCAGUUGUACAACCAACGUGGUUUUCCCGUCUCCAUUUCGAAGGAUGUUCUCUUCAAAUGUAACCUCGCGGCUUUUAUGUCGAAAAAUUUUCCUUUAAAAAGAAAAUUUAAUGAGGUAGUUCUAAGAAUAUUCGAAACCGGUCUUUAUUCGAAGACACUGGAUCAUUAUGUUUUUCAGUUGCACUUGAAAGACGAUGCAUGUCAAUGUGAGGAAGCUCGCAUUAAAACAUUAACUUUAGCAGAUAUGGAAGGAGCUUUUCUACUUUUUAUCUAUAGUACGUUAGUCUCUACGGGGGUUUUAUUGAUUGAAAUUUUAGUGUCUAAAUUAGAGUGGGAGAGAAAACAUAAGCAAACGAAACUUGAUCUUUAA